CGAUGUCCACGUUCUUCCAGUUUGGGGCUUCUAUCCAGCAGGAAGCCAUUGUCAUGCUGAAAAUCAUGCAGGAGUAUGACUGGCAUGUCUUUUCUCUGGUGACCAGCACUUUUCCUGGAUACCGAGACUUUAUAAGUAUCAUCAAGACUACAGUGGAAAACAGUUUUGUGGGCUGGGACAUGCAGAAUGUGAUCGUACUUGAUACUGCAUUUGGAGAUGCUAAGACACAGAUUCAGCUAAAGAAAAUUCAUUCAUCUGUUAUCCUGCUGUAUUGUUCUAAGGAUGAAGCUGUUUACAUCCUGGAUGAGGCACGUUCCCUGGGCCUUACGGGCUAUGAUUUUUUCUGGAUAGUUCCCAGUCUGGUUAGUGGGAACACAGAAAUCACUCCCAAGGAAUUUCCUUCAGGGCUUAUUUCGGUGUCAUAUGAUGAAUGGGACUACAGUUUAGAAGCUCGAGUACGGGAUGGUCUUGGGAUUAUCGCCACAGCUGCAUCAACUAUGUUGGAAAAAUACUCCUUCAUCCCUGAAGCAAAAACCAGCUGCUAUGGGCAACUAGAGAAGAAUGAACGUCCAUCUCACACUCUACACAAGUUUAUGAUAAAUGUGACUUGGGAAGGUAAAGAUUUGUCCUUCACAGAAGAUGGCUACCAGGCACAGCCUAAGCUGGUGGUGAUAGUACUGAACAAAGAUCGAGCAUGGGAAAAGGUGGGCAAGUGGGAGAACAAGACACUGAGCCUGAAGUAUUCCGUAUGGCCAAGAUUUAGUUCUUUUAUAGACAGCGAUCCAGAUGACAACCACUUGAGUAUUGUUACCUUGGAGGAGGCCCCCUUUGUUGUAGUUGAAGAUGUGGAUCCUUUGACAGAAUCUUGUGUGAAAAACACGGUGCCAUGCCACAAAUUUGUCAAAAUUAACAACUCAACUAAUGAAGGAAUGAAUGUAAAGAAAUGCUGCAAGGGAUUCUGCAUUGACAUUCUGAAGAAGUUAUCUAAAACUGUGAAGUUCACAUAUGACCUGUACCUUGUGACCAAUGGGAAGCAUGGCAAAAAAGUCAAUAACGUAUGGAAUGGAAUGAUUGGUGAAGUGGUCUAUCAAAGGGCAGUUAUGGCUGUAGGUUCUCUCACUAUUAAUGAAGAACGUUCAGAAGUGGUUGACUUUUCAGUGCCAUUUGUUGAGACUGGAAUUAGUGUCAUGGUUUCACGGAGUAAUGGCACGGUUUCUCCAUCUGCAUUUCUAGAGCCUUUUAGUGCUUCUGUCUGGGUGAUGAUGUUUGUGAUGCUUCUCAUUGUGUCCGCCAUGGCUGUCUUUAUAUUUGAGUACUUUAGCCCUGUAGGAUAUAACAGGAACUUAGCAAAGGGGAAAGCUCCCCACGGACCAUCUUUUACCAUUGGGAAAGCCGUGUGGUUGCUCUGGGGUCUGGUAUUUAAUAACUCUGUGCCUGUUCAAAACCCCAAAGGGACAACCAGUAAAAUCAUGGUGUCAGUUUGGGCAUUCUUCGCUGUCAUCUUUCUGGCUAGUUACACUGCCAACUUGGCUGCAUUUAUGAUUCAGGAGGAAUUUGUUGACCAGGUGACUGGGCUGAGUGAUAAAAAGUUUCAAAGGCCAUAUGAUUAUUCACCCCCGUUUCGAUUUGGAACUGUUCCAAAUGGGAGCACAGAGAGAAAUAUCAGAAACAAUUACCCAGAUAUGCACCUCUAUAUGACAAAGUACAAUCAGAAAGGAGUUGAAGAUGCCUUGGUCAGCCUGAAAACUGGGAAGUUGGAUGCUUUCAUCUAUGAUGCUGCAGUUCUGAAUUACAAGGCUGGAAGAGAUGAGGGUUGCAAACUUGUCACAAUAGGCAGCGGAUACAUCUUUGCUACUACAGGCUAUGGAAUAGCACUUCAGAAAGGGUCACCUUGGAAGAGACAGAUUGACUUAGCCCUCCUUCAGUUUGUUGGUGACGGAGAGAUGGAGGAAUUGGAAACACUGUGGCUGACAGGUAUUUGUCACAAUGAGAAGAAUGAAGUCAUGAGCAGCCAGCUGGAUAUUGACAACAUGGCAGGCGUAUUUUACAUGCUUGCAGCAGCCAUGGCCCUCAGUCUAAUAACCUUUGUUUGGGAACAUUUGUUUUACUGGAAACUCAGAUUCUGCUUCACUGGGGUCUGCACAGAUAGGCCAGGAUUGUUGUUCUCCAUCAGCAGGGGUAUUUAUAGCUGUAUUCAUGGAGUACACACUGAGGAAAAAAAGAAGUCACCUGACUUUACUUUGACCAAUUCCCAAACCAAUAUGUUAAAACUAUUACGAACAGCUAAAAACAUGACAAGCAUUAAUCCUUCAAGAAUUAACUCCCCCAAAAGAACAGCUGAUUUUAUUCAAAGGGGUUCCUUAAUUAUGGAUAUGGUCAUGGAUAAGGGGAACCAGAUAUUUUCUGACAAUAGAUCUUUUCAGCCAAAGGACAAUUUUCUUGGUGACAAUAUGAGUGAACUGCAGACAUUUGCUGGCAACCGUCAUAAAGACAAUCUUAAUAACUAUGUAUUUCAAGGUCAGCAUCCUCUCACGCUGAAUGAAUCUAAUCCAAAUACAGUAGAGGUUGCUGUUACAGCAGAAGCAAAAGUAAACUCCAGACCCAGGCAGCUUUGGAGAAAAUCUGUCGAAUCUUUACGUCAAGAAUCCCUACGUCAGAACCAAGGUUCGCAGAGAGAAAAUGGUUCAGAAGAAAACAGACAGCUUUCUGUGAAGAGCCAAAGAUACCUUCCGGAAGAGAUUGUCCAUUCAGAUGUUUCAGAUACGUCAAGCCGAGCCACUUGCCAUAUGGAACCUGAAAAUAAUAACAAACACCACAAAACCAAGGACAAUUUUAAAAAAAGAUCUGUGGUGUCAAAAUAUCCCAAGGACUGUAGUGAAGUGGAACUGACAUAUCUAAAAACAAAACAAAGUGCUCCCCGGGAUAAAAUUUACACCAUUGAUGGUGAUAAGGAACCAGGAUUCCAUCUGGAUCCACCAGAGUAUAUUGAAAAUAUUGUUCUUCCAGAGACUAUUGAAUUUCCUGAUGUUUAUCAAGACCAUAAUGACAACUACAGGAAAGCAGAACAAGUUAACAGGACUCCCUUACAUAAUGAAGGCAGUCUUCCAGAUAAUGACCAGUACAAACUUUAUUCAAAGCACUAUAGCUUAAAAGAUAAAAAUACUUCUGUAGUUGAUGUGAAUGAGAGAUACAGGCAGAAUUCCACCCACUGCAGGAGCUGUCUUUCUAAUCUGCCCAGUUACACGGGCCACUUUUUAAGCCGGUCUCCCUAUAAAUGUGAUGCUUGCUUGAGGAUUGGGAACCUCUAUGACAUUGAUGAAGAUCAAAUGUUGCAGGAAACAACCAACUCAGCGCACCCUGAAGAAAUGUAUGAACGUGACUGGGUCCAAAAUAAUUCUAUCCAGUACCAGAAAAAAAAUAAGUUGAGAAUCAGCAGGCAACAUUCUUUUGACAACAUCCUUGAUAAGCCCCGAGAAAUUGAUGUUGGAAGACCUGCUCGAAGCAUAAGCUUGAAAGAGAAAGAGAGGUUUCUAGAAGGCAGCCCGUAUGCAAAUAUGUUUAAUCUCCCCCAAAACAAACUGUUGAGCCACAAAGCCUCACUUUUCACGCAUGCUCUGGAGGACAGUAAGCGGAGCAAGUCCUUGUAUCCUGAUCAUUCUGCAGAUAACCCUUUUCUGCACUCUUAUCGUGAUGAUCAGCACUUAACUCUAAGACGAAGUCCAUCUGAUCUCUAUAAACAAUCACUACCAUCACAAGCAAGAAAUGAUAAUUAUUUAAGGUCAUCCAUAAAGUCCACAGCUUCGUACUGUUCCAGAGAUGGUCGGGUCCAUAAUGACAUGUACGUUUCAGAGCAUGUUAUGCCUUAUGUUGCAAAUAAGAAUAGUAUGUACUCAGCUCCAAGGGUUUUAAAUUCCUGCAGCAAUAGACGUGUGUAUAAGAAAAUGCCUAGUCUUGAAUCAGAUGUUUAAUUUCCCCUUAACACUCUGUUUUUAGAGAAACAUAGUUGCCACCAUCUUAAGAGCAUGAGUAUUUUUAAACAGUACCAUAUUAUGGUAAAUUAUAUGUAAAUCCCUCAGUGUACCUUUGGUACAUGACCAGGUAAAAUGAUAUGUUAGAAACAUCUUUUUUAGAUGUAUCGAGGACUUGUCGAAAAGGGGAUAAAAUAGCCAUUUAUAUAAACAUAUAAAUGGAGAUUAUACUGGAGCAGCUUAAUUCAUGGUGGCAACUAUGCUAUUUUGUAUUUUGAUUAUUUUACAAUUUCAGUUACACUAAUUUCUGUUACUGAGUAUUAUUCAAUGAAUUUUUGUCACUAGAAAUGAUCAGUGGUUUUCUAAUACUGAAUAAGCAAUAUGGUAUGCAUGCAGUUUGACACAGACAAAAAGUUAAGAAUGCAUUUGCACAGUGACAAAAGUAAGAUUUCUAAAAAGUUAGACUUUCAAGGAUAUAUUUUAGCUUCAUAUUUGUUUUCAAACACAGUCAAAAUGAUUCAAAGGAAAAAAAAACAAAACCUCAGGGCCCUAAAAUGGAAUUAAAAAAUGUGUUAGCACAAAAAUGUUAUGCUCAUUCUAGGCCAUCAUAGAAGCAAAUGUAGAAAGUAAAGGCCCAAACAAUAGGGAUGUGUGAAGCUUUGGUUGCUGAUUUGAUUCAGUCUGAUUCGGUGGCUGAAUCUCUGAAUCCAAAUUGAAUCAGGAGACCCUUUAAUCUCUCCAAAUCGAAUUGGAAGCCUCCAAAUCAAUUCAGAGAGAUUCGAUGAUUCGACCAUAGACACAGCUUUUAUAUGUUUUUUCUACAUACCUCGAGGUACCUGGCACAGCUUGUGAACACUGAGAUGGUGGGUCGGAUACAGCGUCCCGUAGGAACAUUGGGGGGGGGGGGUCCCCUGCGCACUUAGUGGUGCAUUCAGAAGUGGACCAGGAGUACUUCUGAAUCAGCAAAUCAAAUCUCUGUCCCCUGAAUCAGGUCAAAUCCGAAUCAAAUACUGCCCACUUCGCACACCCCUACCAAACAAUUAAUUGUUAUGUAUCAAAAGGAAGCCACAUGGGUACUGGUUGAUGUUGAUGUACAAAUGCUUUCAUUAUAUUUCACAUGCACUUACCGUAACAAACUCAGUUACUAGAAAACUGUGCAGUCCUGUUGUGAAGUAAAAAAUUCACAGCUGCAUAACCUAGAAUAUAUAUUUUUAGAUAUUGAUAUCUGGAGCUUACACCUGUGAAGCUGUGGACCUCAUUACUUAUCUUGAAGCCUAAUAUGUACGUAAAUUUGCAUUUGCCCCUUACUGGUGAUUACUCAGGGCUGUAUAGAAUUUCUUUUACUCCACUAUAAAAACACUCCAAUGUAGGUCAUUGUUCACAAUUCGUUAGUGGUGACAUCUACUUAAUUGUACAUUAAUGUUAUUAAGAUUGUUAUAGUGUAUCAGACACCAACAGUCAUACGUUUAAUGUAAUUGAUAAGGAAUGCAAUACCAUUUGUUUGCAUAUAUUAUGAAAGUUAAUACCAUUUACUGACUUCCUCCUAGAAUAUCAUGUAUAUUUGUUGAACAUCAAGCUAGUUUCUAACCUCUCAAAUGAAACCCUUUGUAAAAGUUUAAUAGGUGCACACAUAACAGCAUAGAUAUAGAGAAAUGAAGGGAUGCAAUACUUAUUAUCACUUAUAGGCAUAUGUUAAAUAAACUAUUAGUUGUGAAAAAACAUUUUCAAGAUAAGGAUGCAUUCUUACACAAUUUUUAUUUCUGAGCCUACAAAAUUGCCACACACACACACACACAUACGCACACACACACAGAGCACAUGUUACAUUUUAACUAGGGGGGGAAUUGUACUUUACUCUUGUUACAUAUGAUCAAUUUAUGACCCUAUCCAAAGGAAAAAGUAUUUUCAAUUCAAAUCAAUAACAAAUAUUACAUGUAUUGAUUUAAAACAUUCGGGACACUGUACUUACCAAUUCCCUAAACUGUGCUGAGAACUGUUCCAAUUCCUAUGUUUAGGUAGAUAAUUUAAAUUUCAAUAACCCUAUUUCCUUAGGUUAUAUUGAAAAGUUAGUUAGAUUUGAAAGGAUUUAUCUGAGGAAACACCCCCCCUUCCCCCAGUGCCAUUUCUGUUGGGCAAAAAUAGCAAUUUCCAUAACUGUUCCCUAAACAUAAAUUCUGAAAUAAUGUUCUAUCAGCUGUUAACAGUGGUAUCUUUAUGAAAUAGGUAUAAUAAAAUGACACAAGAAUCCCAAUAGUAUGUUCCAAAGGAGAUUUGCCUAAUGAGAAAAAAAUACAGAAAACAUUCUUGUGCUGUACACAUACACAAAGUAUUUAUUAUCAAUAACACAGAUGAGGAAAGAGACAGAAUGCAGUUGUGAUUAUUGUUGCUUUUAUUGGUUCCUGCAAACCAUUUAUUAAGCAGAUUUAAGAUGCUGCUUCAACUAAUGACCAUCCACAAUGAAUUAAUCACUUUUACAGUUACUUGUUAUUUAUAAUCAGUACAAGCAUUAUUUUCAAAGGAAUGCAAUGCAAUAAGAAUUGAGCCACCUAACUUCCUUGAGAUCCUUUGAAAAUCCCAGUUCAGAUGGUUAAACUCAAAUAUGCUUAUUAAAUCUGCCUGGGGAUUUUUGUAAACUAUUUAUAGAGAAUAAUCCUCUGCAUUCAGAAUUGGUUUCCGGGAUUGGCUAAAGUCAUAUGGUAUGGUUUUUGUUCCCUGAUUGCAUAAGCUAACAUUUAUGGACAAGAGGUAUAUACCAGCCAAAAUCAUUGAGAUUUUGAAGCUGUUAGGGCUGCAAACAGAUGUCACCUUUGUCCCACAAUAAAGCAAAAUGUGAGUGCAUACGUGUCCUUGCUCCUUGUCAUGCCACAAAUGCUUCAAAAGGGCUGUGCACCAAUUCCUAGUAAUCAUUUUUGCCACUUUAUCACAGUGGUGUCUGUAUAUGUAUGAUGCAAUAUGCACGCCUCAGGAAUUCCCCUGCAGGGGGCUACUGGGUCACACGUUUCACGCUGCCUGAUCCCAACCUCUGGUGCACAUCUGUAAGUGUGGAGUGAGGACCUCAUGUGAUAUUCCCCACAUUUGUAGACACGUGCCUGAGGUCAGAGCCAACCAUGUGGGACUGUUGUCUUACAGGUUUGGGACCCUAAAGCCCUGGGAGUGGUAUGAGCCAACUUGUGGAAUAGCUGCCCCAGGCAAAAUCUGUACCUGCUAAUCAAGCAGAUCAGCUGUGUUAGACCACAUCCUGGCACAGCUGAUCCUACCACAAAAAUGACAUCUGUUUGUAGCCUUAGAGAGACAAUGCAAGAAGCACUUUAGAUAUGAGAUAAGCAGAGCUAGAACAUUUUAAAGACACUGGCUUUCAUGAGUUGUCCAUUUUACUGCUCAGCUGCUUACUGGUUCUCCAUUAGUUCCUAAUCUUGAUGGUCAGGCUACUCACCCAUUUUUCUGCCUCCGGUUCAUUGGUAUUUUGCUGGGUCAUAAUUAUAUAGCAGCAAAACCAUAUAACUAUGCCUCUUGAGCAUGUAUAGAUAUCUCUGCUACUUUAUUAGCUGUACACAUUGCAACACUGAGCCCAUGUUUGAGGACUAGAAUGUGAAGAGUCUCUUGGCAAGGAAAGUUUCAGUCCUUCAACAUCAUCUGUCAUAUUCUUCUAACAUCUUAUAAGUGAGAUUAUUCAGUUGAACCUUAUUUUCAGUGUUCUGCUUUCUAGCACCUACACUGCCACUCUUCCAUAAUCAGCACACACAAAUAGCUCAGUAAGGCAUAAAAGCUCCCUCCCAAACGGUCACUUGAACAAAACUCAUAAACCAUACGCUUAUAAGAAGAUGAAUGAGCCAAGAGCAUAAACACAGUGGUUAUGAACCACAAAUAAGCUUAGCAAAUAUGUUUCUGGCAAACUACUUCUAUGCCCUGAUCUACUGAUGUUGAGAAAAAAAAAUCUAAAGUACUCUGAACAAGGAUAUUAUCGUUGGUUUUAAAUCAAACCAACUUACACAGAAUUUUACCCAGGAUGAACCAUAGAAUUUUGCCAUGACUAUCGUAAUACCUGAUUUUGCAGCGAAACUCUCAAAAUAUUACUUGAUACUCCCAAACUUGUUGUGCCAUUAUCUCUAUUUCUGUGCAUAGACCCACAUACUUUUAAUAGGAUGUAAACAUUAGCGCUGUCUUUAAAAAUGCUGACUUUUCUCACUUCCAAAAUUGUGCAGAUGUGCCAACAUUCAAAUUUAAAUAUCCUUAAACUAGGUAGACUUGCAUUUCUGUGAAAUAUACAGCAGAUGGCUUAUAAAGGAAUAUAUAGCUUUUUCCUGACAUGAGCAAAAACAUUGUUGUAAUUCAGACUGCAUUUAUUAUUGAUCAGCAUACAGAAGCAAAGAAACCAAUUAAAGCAGCAAAGCAAAGGCUGAAUAAUGCAGCUUAAUGGUUGCAUAGAUAUGAACACUUAUGCCUUAGUGAAAGGAACCAUGUUAAUUAGAUGUGGGGUGUGAGGAUUUUGGUUUGGGCAUAUAAUAUAACUAACUAACAAGGAGGAGGCUAAUCUUCAGGGAUAAGGAUGAGGCAGUUACUGAUGGUUAGGUGUUAAGGAAAGAAAUUAAGGAAGAAGUGGAAAAAUAUUCAGCAGGGCCAAAAUGGCAGAGCCUGUUUAUGUUGAUCCAUAGAACCUGAAGGAGGUCUGAAUCUCAUCUGCCCUUAAUAUUUUAAUAUUGAUAUUUUUGCACUAACAGUCAGUGACAUUGGAAUCAAAGAUUUCUUGAUUCCUUCCUUCUCAUUCUAGCUGCUGCUUUUUAUCCCUCAGGGAGGGACUGGAAAACCUUGCACUUAUGUAGCUGCCCUCUCUAUACCUCUGUGGGGGAUGCCUAUGACUUAAUUACUGAUGUUUGUGAGUCAGUGUUGCCACUAAGAUUUCCACUGGCUCCAGCAGGAGCUGGGUCAGUCUCUAAAUGCCUAGGGCCAUUGUUGGCACUGGUAUUUAGUUUGUCUUUGUAGCAUUACAUAGCUUGGAGGUGGAGGGAUAUGGAGUCAUUGAGGAAAAGAACAUCUUACAUAGUGGUGAAAGUGGCUACUACCAACAUACUUACCUCUUGUUCUCUGCCUUUCACAAGCAUUUUAGAGUUGCCCUGUGUUUGUGCCCUUCCUCUUCAUUCUAGUAAGUCUGUCUUUCCUUUUUUUUUAACUGACCCAUUCUAUCUCCUAUACCACUUGCUGACUCCUAUACCACUCACCACCCAACUAGAAGGGAAACAUUGAUAUUAAAGUAUAUCAUAAAAUAAAGAACAAGCUUUUUCCUUCUGGCAGAUUUCAUUUAGUUUUUUUGUCUUUUUUUCUCUCUGAGAAUGAGUCAGGAAAAGAAAUUCUGUAGAGAAACUCAGCCCAAGGCCUAUUGAAAGCAAACCCUUUUUCAGCAUAAUUUUGGGGUUCUACUUUGACUUUCUAAAUAACCUUUUAGCUAUUCUCACAUAUUGAAACAAAGUUCACAAGGUUUAAGGGAAUCAGGAGUAUUUUUUCUUAUUAAAAAGUAAUUUUUAGAUGGUUUUUAAAGUGGUGAAGUGUCCAAUUUAGCUGGUUCCACUGAAUGCCAUUUCCAAAGCAUGUGAGAACAUAGCAAUAUAUACACUUAGAAAACAGCUGCUAAUUUUGAACCUGAUUCUGCUUGGACCUCAUUUAAUGCAUUCUUACUUUUCAUUGGGUCUCAAGGUUUUUUUGGUGAUAGCAUGUAAGACACAGCUAUCAAGCGUGAGGCAAAGAUACCAAAAUCUGUUCCUUGUAGAAGAACUAGAUAAAAUAUUACCGUAGAGUAGUAUGUACAUCUAGAGGCACCCGGUUGGAAGAGGUGUGGAAUUAUUCCUUUUAUCCACAAGUUAGCCAGUAUAGACCAAGUAUACCUGACAUGAACCCAAAAGUCUAAGACUCAGCUAAGAUUUAGAAACAGUUUAAGGUUUCAUUUUUUGCUGAUUUGAUCGCAAUGACAUUGACCUAUACAGGAAAAUCUGCAAUUACCUAAUAUAGAACAAUAACCUCUAUGGAUUUUGUAGACAAUAUUAAUGCUAGUUUUCUGUAUGUGUUCCUUUCUGAAUAAGUAGCAGCAUGUUACCCCAUUGCAAGAUUUUCCUCAUCCCAAAAAAUCCUUAGUUCUUAGGCUUCUUAAGACUGUUGCCCUACCAAGACAGGACAACCUAUAUUACAGUUUACCAGUAAAUUAAUUAUAACAGGUUUGAAACAGUAAAGCAAACUCUGGGUAAAACCUCUUUUCAAUAAAUGUAUUUAACUGGGUGUCAUUCUUACCUAGACCACCUUCUUCAGUGAGCAUGUCCUAAGUGUCCUUUCCCUUUCCUGAGCAGUGCAGGAAGUGCUUCUGAAAGAUGAAAAAGGUAUUUAAAUGUUUCAUAGUACAAACUGUUUUCCUUGUCAGUCUACACUGUACUGUGUUAGUACUUAGAAGUAUCAGCAAAAUAUUUAUAUUUAUUAUCACUAGUAGGAAACAAGUUAAUCAUAACUGUGCACUUACCUUGGUGGAUAUAAAUGCAAAUGCAUACAUACAAGGGUAUUUCAGGUAGUAACGGCAAUUUCAAAGUAAAACCAUUUUAUGUGCAAUGAUCAUUUACAGGACCACAUCAGUUAUCUGUGUAGUUGUAAAUGAUGGGUGUGUUGGACAAUGCCACCAUCAGUGUUCCCCAUUGCUUUGUAGUGAACCACUUGUUGCACACAGAAUAGUUUUAUUUAAAAAUUCUUACUUUCUGAAACACCCUCAUACAUAUGGGAUAAUACCAAAAUACCAAAUGCCUCCUCCCAUCAAAGUCAGCUGGAAAGCUAGUAGCUUAAAUGGGAGCAGCCUCCACACCAACAUGUUUGCUACACAGUUUUUAUCAUUCAAAUGCGUUCAUUCUGAUGUUCGCAUCUUGUAUAUAAUGUAAAGUUAUUGUUAAUAUUCACUGUUCAUUGUGGUAUUGAUGCAAAUGAUACCAAGUCUUCAUUACAGUGCAAUAAAAAAAUGCUUGUAAAUUUAGGAGAUGAUGCUUUAUGUCUCUUCCCCCCUGAAAUGGGAGGAGAGUUAGAGCCCAGCACUUUCUGGUAGGGGGUGGGCUGUGCUGUUUGUAAAUAAGAUCCUUGUCUGUAUCCCAUUUCCAGUCAGACAGACUUUCCUUUUAAAUUUAUUUAUUUUUUUGCAAUUUUCCCUAUGCCUAUAUACAGAGUAUGUUCUGUAGAAAUAUUCACUCUCCUACCACCUUUAGGGUCACAAUUAAAGUGAGCAGGUCCCCUGCAAAGCAGUAAAAAUUCACUUAUUUGUUCUUGCAUGUUCAUGAGCAUUUUUGUUACCUUGUAUAUAAAACAUCCCAUAUAUUGCACAGUCAGUGGACUCAAUGAUUUUAAAGUGAAUGCUGGUCUAAACAGCUGUCAGGAUGCCCCUGAAGAUCCUGUGAUAGUGAACUUAUCUGCUCAUCAUAUCAUCAUCAUUUAAAACCAUAUUUCAGUAAAAAAUGUAGUUACUUUGUUGCUUAUUAGAUUUUUUUUGUACUCUUCGUUAGUUCUUUGCUUGUAUGGAAAAAAAACCCUAAAUAGAUAUAGAAACUAGCACCCUGUUGUAAUAGUACAUGUAGUAUAUCUCUAGAUUUAAAAAUAUUUUUUGUUUAUUAUUCUCCACCUCUAAAAAAAAAAAAAAAAUAGUAGUGACAAACAGUUAUGCUCUUAGGUAUUUUGUGUUAGUAUUUGUUUUCACUAUCAUAGUACAAAACUUAUAUUUCUAUAUGCACAUUAUAAAACUGUGAAAAUAAAUACCAAUAAAUAUUAUGACACUAAUACAGUGCAAUGUAAAGUUAAGUAAGCUUAUACUUCCCUAGGGAACUGAAAAAAAUUCCUCAUGUUCAUAAAUGGUAUAAAGCUUUAAUGUGGGCAAAUGGUUGCAUUUACAUUGACAUUAAAUUCUAAUAGAGGGUAUCUUGUUUUGCACUUAUGCUACUAUCAAAGGUAGUGCUAUUUUUUCUCAGUGAUUGCAUAAAGACAACAAAAUUAUUUUAAAUCUAAUUACUGUACCUUGCAGUACAUAAGCAGCUUGAAAAAGCCUUUUAUUACAGAUUGUCAAAAUGAAAGAACACCAUUAGUUAGACAUUUGUAUUUCUGAUAAGUCAUUUGUUGACCAGUUCCAUUUAUGUUUCUGAUUGGUAAAAACAACUUGCAGUUUAAUUUGGGUUCUGUUUCUAAGCUGCAUUGUCAAGACUCAUGCAGAAUAUCAAUUAUGCAAUGUACAAUGAGAGUUGUGUUGUUAAAGGUCAAACACAUCAGGGUUCCUGCAUGUGGAUACCAAUAAUAUUUUUUGAAAUGACACGUACUGUGAAUUGUAGUUAAUCUCCUCAUCAUACAGAUAGGAUUAGAUGAGUCUUGAAAGACUGUUUCAGGGCUAUGUCAGCAGAAGUAAAAAUGCACAUUAUCUUCAGAUCUAGUAAAUAAGAGGCAAUUGCAAGCAUUAAAAUUAUAUGUACUGGCAGGUAGUCUGUUGUUGGGAUAUUUGUGAUGAAGUGUAUGGUAAUUGUUUAACUGGGUGUUUUGAGUGCUGCUGCUGCUGAGUUCAUAAUGUUAGCCCAACACUGAGAAAAUAAAAAAGCUAAUAUUAAAAGAUGAAAGCCCCCAUAAACUGUGAUAAGAGGGUUCUACAGGGAAAAGGGAUCAAACUAAAUAUUAAAUAUGCAAAUAUAUAUUUUAUGUAAUAGGAAAAUCCUAGCAUAGUAAUAGGAAUAGGAAUAAUGGAAGGAUGCACUAUUUUAAACGAUAUAAGCCUGAUGUUUAAUUUUUUAAAAUAGCUUCUUACUGUAUCUGGUAAUUAAAACAUGUUAACCUAAAUAUGUAUUAAGUAUAUACUCAUACAUGUGCAUAUGUUUGCCAACCUGCAUGAUACACAAACAUUUCCAAAAUGUGCUAUUUUUAACUGAUUUUAUCCUUCCCAUUCAAAGACCCCUCUAAAUCCUCAAACACUUUGCCAGUAUUUGUUGCAUUGAUCUGGUUUUAUUAUAGGAGUGCCCAGCCUGGUAAUGAUUACAGAUUCAUUAUACUGGGCACUGUAAAACAAAGAAGCAAACAAACAAAAAACCCAAACACACACACUAGAAGAGAUGGUCCCUGCUUCAAAGAGCUGACAACUCGCUCUCUGUCCUUUAGGAACAAAUGUGAAUUUGAGUUAAACAAAAUGCAGGUUCUGAAAAGCCAGUCUAUCAGCUGGUGUGCAGCCUGGCUACGUUAACUAAAAGGAAGUUAUGCUGAUUUACACUAGAUGAAAUUCUGGCCAUAGAGCUAUAUACCAAGACAGUUAUUAAAUCAGGUUAUUUUAGAAAAUGGCUACUAACAAACUUCAUUGUUGCCUGCUGUUGCAGAUAGCCACAUUAUCUAGGAAGGCCAAGCAGGAAUUCCUCAAGGUCUGUUUAAUAACCAGAUACAAUAUGUAAGGACUGUGAUAAAAACACCAAUUCAUGCGGGUGACAAAGUCUACAUUGACUAUAACGGGUUAUAAAGAAAGACAAGACUGUACUUUUUUUGUUUUUGCCUAAACUGCUACAUUUUAACAAAAUAUUAUUACCGUAAAUGCCCCAUUCUCUGUAGACUACGCAAGAAAACCCAUUUGACUUAAGUAGGAAUGUAUGAGUAAGUAAUUCUAAAUCAGGUCUAUAUUUGUUAUUUUUUGGUAUGGUUGAAAAAGGAGAAGUGGUACAUGGCAAAAAAUAAGUUAUAUUAUGUAAAAUUAUAUUUAAUAAGUAGGGAGUCUUGUACAAUUUUAAUAAGAACUGUUUACAAAUUAUAGUUUACAUUAUUUAUCUCUAUGAGCACCUUUAGAAUCUACAAUAAGCUUUUAAAGUAAUCGCACAUGUUCAAUAACCAGCAUUUUGCACUGGAAAAGACAGGUUUAUCUCUUAAUUUGUGCACAUGUUCACUUUUAUUUUUUUCCCAAUUAAAAUCAGCAUGAACAAAUAGGAUGGCUGUGUAUCAGGCAGAUAUCGACCUGGUUUGCAUGCAUCAGACCUAUUUUAUGCACAAAUUUACCUGUGUAUGCUUCAAGUACUUUCAUAAAUACUUCAUGUGAGUGUUAGUAGAAUUAAUUUAAAUUCAUCCGUUUAAAAUGUGUUCUACAAUAAACCUGAAAAACAUUCCAUGCCUCCUUUCAUUGAUCUGACAUUUUCUUGUUUAAUGAUUUUGAUUGGCUUAAAUGAUGCACUAAUAUCUUAGUAUACUACUAAUCAAAAAGGUGAAAAUAUAAUUCGUCUAGGUAAAAAAAAAAUCAAUUACAGGUUUUAAAAUAUUUUUACCUAAACACUGAAAUAAUCUAAUUUUAAUUCCUUAUCCUUCUUACCUUAAGAUUCAAACCUUUUUUUUUUCUUUUUCUCAGAAAAUUAACUUCUAGAAUCCUACAAUUACAUUUAUCAACAAGCCUCAAAGGCACAGAUCAUGUACUUUCAGCAUGGCAGGACAAAAAAUGAUAGAAUACACCUUAGUAGAAGAAGUAUGUAUUCAAUAAAUAACAUCUUAUCAGAAAUCUGCCAACUUGUCCAUUCCAUAUGCAGUAAAUUUAAAAGCCUACCAGCUCAAGUAUUUACUAGUAGAAUUUACUGCAGUAUCCUAGAGAGAGUAAUAUUUCAAACCAAAGUGUAAAGUAUAAAUUUCAAACUGCUAGCAAAGAAUAGUAGUGACUCAAAGAUCUCUUAGAUAGAGCAUAGGGAAAUAUAUUAAAAUAUUAGAUUACAAAACAGUUGUCGGAGGAAUAAAGGAUAAAUAAUUCAUGUGUAAGGGAGACUAAAAUCUGAUGAAUUUUCCAAAAGCAAGAGUAGGGGGAAAUAAUAUCAAUAGAAAAAUAGCUUUAACUUUCCAAUUAUAAGCCUCCUUUUGUCAGAUAGGAUUGAUUUAGCAAACUCCAACAAAGUUUUUAAAAGACACACACUCUAGAAAUACACAUGUACAUGACAAGCCCUUCAUAACUUUAAAAUCCUGGUUUAAUAGGUGAGUUUUACCUAACAGCAAACACAGCUCCUUUGUGUUGCAGUGAUUCAUCUAGAUAUUUUAUUUCCCGUGUUAUGUAUCCUGCCACUCAACAAUUUAUCCCCUACUCCAUAUUUUAACUCAGUGCAUGACUAAGUGCUAAUACUGUGUAAAUAUUUUCAGACAUAUCUAAAAAAAUUAUAUGUUUGCUUCAAAAUUUUUAUGAUAGAAAAAUAUAUAAUUAUUAUGGUUGUCUUACAAACUGUAUUGUGUUCUUCAUUUUUGUUAAAUAUGUAGAAAAAUAUUAAGGGAAUAGGGGACUUGAAUGUCUGUGUACUGAAAUGUAUAUAAUUCCCGGGGAAAACACAUGUGCCAAGUAUAACAGUAUGUAAAAAAUGUAAAUACAUGAAAAUUUCAUUUUUCUAAUAAAGAUAAUUUCUGCCAAUUGA